AUGAACGAGGGCGACUAUCCAGAGUCGGCGGGUGAUGGUUUCAUCUCCGCCGAGGACGCGUCAGUGGGAUCACAAGAUGAUACAGACUCAGCCUUCUCCGACGAUGCACAGUCGCGACUGAGCUCGUCGCUUCGGUCGUCGGUGUACAAUUACAGAUAUGAAAACGGUCGCACUUAUCAUGGGUUCCGGGACGGCGAAUAUCCAAUCCCCAACGACGAGGAGGAACAAGACCGUCUGGACCUGCUUCAUCAUCUCUUCAAAAUGAUUCUAGGAGGGAAUCUAUUCAUCACCCAGCUCCCUCCGUCACCUCAACGCAUUCUCGACAUCGGCACAGGCACUGGAAUCUGGGCAGUCGAGUGUGCCGACCUCUUCCCGUCGGCUUCUGUCAUCGGCACCGACCUUUCUCCCAUUCAGCCCGCAUGGGUUCCGCCCAAUCUUCAAUUUUAUGUCGACGACGCCGAGAGCGACUGGGUCUUUGACGAUGUCGGAGAGUUUGACUUCAUCCACGCUCGCGCCUUGUGCGGAGGCAUCGCAGACUGGCCGAAGCUCUAUGCUCAGGCGUACCGCAACUUGUCCCCAGGGGGAUGGCUGGAAAUUCAGGACCACGAAUGCUGGCUGAACAGCGAUGACGGUGGCAUGGCCAGAGCCCCCGCGUGUACCCAAUGGAUCCAUGAAGUAGACAGGGCCAGCACCAUGUUCGGCAAAAAGCUCAACAUUGCUCAUCAGCACCGCCAAUGGAUGAUUGAUGCUGGAUUCCAAGAUGUCCGGGAAGUUGUCCACAAGAUCCCCAUUGGACCUUGGCCAAAGGAUCCCAAGCUGAAAGAGCUGGGAAAACUUAUGCGAGUGCAGAUGACUCAAUCAGUACCAUCUUUCAUGCUGGCAUAUUUCGUCCGGAUACUGGGCUACAGCAGGGAAUACACCGAGGUCGUGAUGGCGCAGGUCAAACGUGAAUUUCGGGAUCCCACGUUACACUUAUACUUGAGAUGGCAUUUUGUGUCAGGCAAGAAGCCUGAAGCAGGUUAG